AUGGACAAGUCACCAACCUUAAAUCCUAUUGGAAUAUUAAAUUUAGAUGGAACUUUCAGAUUUAUUCCAACGAUAGUACCACUUGAAGAAGGCAUUGAAAUUCAUGAGAAUAAAGAUCAUCGAAAAGCAUGGUUAUAUUUAGGAUUAUCUCAACAAUUAGAUGAAAAUUCAAAUUCACUUGAAGGUGGAAUUAUAGCAUAUACAGAUCUCGCAUAUUUACGAAAUAUAAAUACAUAUAAGAGAAAUAAAGCUUCAGAUAUAUAUAGUUUAGAAAAGAUUUGUGAUUCUCUUGAAAAUACUCAAUUAAAAAAAUGUUUUAAUAUUCUUAGUGAAAAUAUUUCAAUCAGUAAAGAUCCCGUAUCAAAUGAAUUAAAUGAUCAACAUCAGAUACCGUAUCAAGUGCACAGUGAUCAAACGUCUUCACUAAGCUUGAUAGAGUGGAAAAGCGAAGAUGAGACACCUAAGAUUUUGCAAGGCGAUGCAGUUCAUGAAAAAGAUCUUUCUGGUUCAAAAGUAUUUCCACGUAAAUUCAGUCAAAGAAAAGUUGAAUAUCUUAACAAUAGAUCCAAAGGAGUUAAAGAUCUCAAGUUCGGAGGGAAACUAAAAGGAUCAAAAAAUAUUCUUAAAUUCGAUGGUCUUUCAAAAGCCGAAGACCAAGAUGUUAUUUGA